UAAUUAUUUGCAUGCAAUUAAAAAAUAUUUUUAAUGAUGCUAAAGAAGUAUAACUUCUCACGCGCGUACAUAAGUUACACGCAUCCAUUUUUUUUUUAUAAAUAGCUUAGUAAAUUAUUUCUUAAACAUGGAGUAAUUAUCAUGGAUAUAGCUGCUUCACAGCUGAGGCACAGGGUAUAAGUUCUUCUUUUAAGCAGAAUAGUGAAUGGGAUAAAACCCAUCGCCCGCCCUCGAUGUGGAUUGAUGGGUGAUAACGGCUACAGAUUAAUUUUGAAGCAGCGAAGAAGAUCUGCGGACCCGGCAUCAGAUGAGACUCGAACCCGCACCCUUCGCUAUCCGGGCGCAUGCACUGAGCAUUGUGCUACCGCGGCCUUGGCGGCCGUGUUGAUUUUUCUCUACUCUUAGGCUGCGAGGCAGCGCCAUCUCUUCGCAUUGUAGGUAACCUCCAAUGUGAAAUGAAUACUUUUACAAGUAUUAAACAUUUAAAAGAAAAAGUAGCAAUUGGAGCUAUAUUUUUUUUAUUUUUUAAGCACUUAAUUGCUAGAUAUUUAAAUCUAAAGACGAGUUUUACUAGAAAAAACGGGUUCGAGUCCCGUCUGCUGCCUGGUGCGCGUGGAUUUUUUUUUCCAGUAAAACUUUUCUUUACAUUUGAACAUCUAGCAGUUAAAUGCUUAAAAAAUAAACAUAACUUUGUUUCAGUGGUUAAAAUCCUAAUAAACCUAUGACGGCCCAUAGUAAACGAUUUUUUCUAUAAUUCUACGACCGUUAAUCAUUGCUAUAUUGAUUUCCUGCUUGACCUCCAUUAAUUCAAAUAUAAACGCUGCACUCAGCGACGUCAAUUACAGCUUAACUUUCAUUAAAGUUGAUGCUGUAACUUUCUUCGCAAUAGCAAUAAUAAGACGGCACGUCAAUUUCACGUGUGCUUAAUGUAAAUAAACUUAUUACCACGUCUUUCAGUGAUAAUAAGUUUGUUUAAUAAUAAAUGUCGAUAAUUAUAGAGACCUCAACGCAACUGAUGACCUCUUAACACCCAGAGGGGAAUUAACACUAUCACCGAGCUCGGGGCAUCCCUCUUUCUCAUAAAGCCGUUAUCUUUGAACCGACACAAAUAUACUGCGUUCAAAUGACUUAGUCAUAACACAACGUAGCUCUUAACUCCUCACAAUAAAGCUUGUUUUACAGCAAGUAAUGAGCAAGCGACUGCUAUAAUCUAACGGUCGAGUUCAAACUAUUUAACGCUGCGAGCUUUUUGCAGAGCAUCAAUCGUUCCAAAGCAUUUGCCCACGUUCGAAACUUCGAAAUUCAAAUACUCAACAGAUAGUCUCGUACUAUUUAAUUCGAACAACAAUGAACUUCGCCAAGAUGUUUUUGUUUGUCUUCGCCGUAUUCCUGGCAACUUCAAGUGUGUCGGCGGCGCCAAAAUGGAAAAUAUUCAAGAAAAUCGAAAGAGUAGGACAGCACAUCAGAGAUGGAAUCAUCAAAGCUGGCCCAGCGGUAGAAGUGGUCGGUCAAGCGGCUUCCAUUUACAAAGAGAAGGCCGGGAGGAAUAUCAGAGAUGGCAUCAUCAAGGCGGCACCCGCAGUAGAAGUGGUUGGACAAGCUGCCACCAUAUACAAGGGUUAAGCCCUGACCUUGUUAUAGACAUAAUGCCAAAGCGAAUACUCAUUGUAUUAAAUUAAUGUAAGGUUAUUAUUUAUUGCGUAAUUAUAGA